CGGCUUGGGGGGGGAUGGUGGAAGAUUUUUGGUCUCCUCAGCAGCGGCUUUUCUUGCGGCGGCGGCGGCGGCGGCGGCAGCGGCAGAGAAGGCAAGGCAGCCCCAGCUAUGACUGCCGCAUGUUAAUAGCUCCCGCUCGGGUCCGCGGGCUGCAGCCGAAGACACAGCCUGACUCCGAAGUUGUGCAACUGUGCCCUGGGAGAGACAUUUGAACCCUCCUUCUCUUUGCUCCGCUUUUGCCUCCCCCCCCCCCCCCGGGGCGUGUGAAGCGAGGAAACGUAAAGGAGGACUAGCAUUUGGUUUUCCCGGCUUCCCCUUUCUCCAUGGCUGUGUAGAAGAAGAAAGGAAAGAGACACUUUUUGUUGUUUCUUGGACUGGGGUCUCCACCCUCCUGCCGUCUCUUGCGUUUUGAUCAUCAUUUUUUUUUUUGCUUGGUGUGGCUGGGGUGUCUACACUGGGGCCGGUCCAGCUUUUUUUCUUUCUUUCUUUUUUUUUUUUUUUUCUUUUUUUUGCCCCGGGGCUCAAUGGAUGGAUUGUGGAAAACUGCACCGGGUUGCAGGUUGUUGAGCAACUGAUGGGACCAUCUCAGGGACCGGCGGUUACGAAAGAUGCCGAUUUGAAGAACUGCCCUGAAAACUGAAAUGUUUAAUUCAGUAAGUCAGAAGACAAAACCAUGGAUUUUUAGCAGUCAAAGAACAAAUUAAGGUGUCUGACUUGGAAUAUCAGUGUUUAUUUUUGAGGAAUUUUUCUUUCUCUUGUGUUUGUUUUUAAUCAUUGAUAUUGGAAUACAGAAGAGGAACCAGAAACAUACUCAUUUGGUUUCCCUUCAGAACACUCAUUCUUGAGGCAUUCUCGCCUGAGAACACAGCCAUGUGGCCACCACAGCUGCUCAUCCUCAUGAUGCUUUUAGCACCUGUAGUUCAUGGUGGCAAGCACAAUGAGAGACAUCCAGCCCUUGCUGCUCCACUGCGACAUGCUGAGCGCAGCCCAGGAGGCGCUCUACCUCCCAGACAUCUUCUUCAGCAGCCAGCGGCAGAGCGCGCCACUGCUCAUCGAGGACAAGGGUCACGUGGAGCUGCCAGAGGAGUUCGUGGACCCGGUGCCCCAGGAGCACAGAUUGCAGCCCAAGCUUUCAGCCGUGCCCCCAUUCCCAUGGCAGUGGUCCGCAGAGAGCUCUCCUGUGAGAGCUACCCUAUUGAGCUCCGCUGUCCUGGCACAGACGUCAUCAUGAUCGAGAGUGCCAACUACGGAAGGACAGAUGACAAGAUCUGUGACUCUGACCCUGCUCAGAUGGAGAAUAUCCGAUGUUACCUGCCAGAUGCCUAUAAGAUUAUGUCUCAAAGAUGCAAUAACAGAACCCAGUGUGCUGUGGUGGCAGGUCCUGAUGUUUUUCCAGAUCCAUGUCCAGGAACUUAUAAAUACCUUGAAGUGCAGUAUGAAUGUGUCCCUUAUAAAGUGGAACAAAAAGUUUUUCUUUGUCCUGGACUGCUAAAAGGAGUGUACCAGAGUGAACACUUGUUUGAAUCUGACCACCAAUCUGGGGCAUGGUGCAAAGACCCUCUACAGGCUUCCGACAAGAUUUAUUAUAUGCCCUGGACCCCAUACAGAACUGAUACACUGACAGAGUAUUCAUCCAAAGAUGACUUCAUUGCUGGAAGGCCAACAACUACCUACAAGCUCCCUCACAGAGUGGAUGGCACUGGAUUUGUAGUAUAUGAUGGUGCCCUGUUCUUCAACAAGGAGCGUACCAGGAACAUAGUAAAGUUUGAUUUACGGACUAGGAUAAAGAGUGGAGAGGCAAUCAUAGCAAAUGCCAAUUACCACGACACAUCCCCAUACCGAUGGGGUGGCAAAUCUGAUAUAGACUUAGCAGUGGAUGAAAAUGGAUUAUGGGUAAUCUAUGCAACAGAACAAAACAAUGGCAAAAUUGUCAUUAGCCAGUUGAACCCUUAUACCCUACGGAUUGAGGGGACAUGGGACACUGCAUAUGACAAAAGGUCAGCUUCCAAUGCAUUUAUGAUUUGUGGAAUUCUGUAUGUGGUCAAAUCUGUAUAUGAGGACGAUGACAAUGAGGCCACUGGUAAUAAGAUUGACUACAUUUACAACACUGACCAAAGCAAGGAUAGCCUGGUGGAUGUACCUUUUCCCAAUUCCUACCAAUACAUAGCAGCUGUGGAUUACAACCCCAGGGACAAUCUGCUUUAUGUGUGGAAUAACUACCAUGUUGUGAAAUACUCUUUGGACUUCGGACCUCUGGAUAGUAGAUCAGGGCCAGUGCAUCAUGGACAGGUUUCCUACAUCUCUCCACCGAUUCACCUUGACUCUGACCUAGAAAGACCCCCGGUUCGAGGAAUGUCUACCACAGGCUCCCUGGGCAUGGGAAGCACAACCACCAGCACCACUCUCCGGACCACAACCUGGAACAUAGGGAGGAGUACCACGCCAUCCCUGCCAGGCAGACGGAACCGCAGUACCAGCACACCGUCCCCAGCUGUGGAGGUGCUGGAUGACAUUACCACACACCUGCCAUCUGCAGCCUCCCAAAUUCCAGCUAUGGAAGAGAGCUGUGAAGCUGUGGAGGCCCGGGAAAUAAUGUGGUUUAAGACCCGUCAGGGGCAAGUAGCAAAGCAGCCCUGCCCAGCAGGAACCAUAGGUGUGUCAACUUAUCUAUGCCUUGCUCCUGAUGGAAUAUGGGAUCCCCAAGGACCAGAUCUCAGCAACUGCUCUUCUCCUUGGGUCAAUCAUAUCACACAGAAGCUCAAGUCUGGAGAAACAGCUGCCAAUAUUGCUAGAGAGCUGGCGGAACAGACCAGAAAUCACUUGAAUGCUGGGGAUAUCACCUACUCAGUCCGUGCCAUGGACCAGCUGGUUGGUCUCCUGGAUGUCCAGCUCAGGAAUUUGACACCAGGUGGGAAAGACAGUGCUGCCCGCAGCUUGAACAAGCUUCAGAAAAGAGAGCGCUCUUGCAGAGCCUAUGUCCAGGCCAUGGUGGAGACAGUUAACAACCUCCUUCAGCCGCAAGCUUUGAAUGCGUGGAGAGACCUGACUACAAGCGAUCAGCUACGGGCAGCCACCAUGUUGCUUGACACUGUGGAGGAGAGCGCUUUCGUGUUAGCCGAUAACCUUUUGAAGACUGACAUUGUCAGGGAAAAUACAGACAAUAUUCAAUUAGAAGUUGCAAGGCUGAGCACAGAAGGAAACCUAGAAGAUCUCAAAUUUCCAGAAAACAUGGGCCAUGGAAGUACUAUCCAGCUUUCAGCAAACACUUUAAAGCAAAAUGGCCGGAAUGGAGAGAUUAGAGUAGCCUUUGUCCUGUACAACAACCUGGGUCCUUAUUUGUCUACGGAGAAUGCCAGUAUGAAGCUGGGCACAGAAGCCAUGUCCACAAAUCAUUCUGUUAUCGUCAAUUCUCCUGUUAUUACAGCAGCAAUAAAUAAGGAGUUCAGUAAUAAAGUUUAUUUGGCUGAUCCCGUGGUAUUUACUGUUAAACAUAUCAAGCAGUCAGAGGAAAAUUUCAACCCUAACUGUUCAUUUUGGAGCUAUUCCAAACGCACAAUGACAGGUUAUUGGUCAACACAAGGCUGUCGACUCCUGACAACAAACAAGACACAUACUACUUGCUCCUGUAACCACCUCACAAAUUUUGCAGUAUUGAUGGCACAUGUGGAAGUUAAGCACAGUGAUGCAGUCCAUGACCUCCUUCUGGAUGUGAUCACAUGGGUUGGAAUCUUGCUGUCCCUUGUUUGUCUCCUGAUUUGCAUCUUCACAUUCUGCUUCUUCCGUGGGCUCCAGAGUGACCGUAACACCAUCCACAAGAACCUCUGCAUCAGCCUGUUUGUGGCAGAACUGCUCUUCCUGAUUGGAAUCAACAGAACAGACCAACCAAUCGCCUGUGCGGUGUUUGCAGCCCUUUUGCAUUUCUUCUUUUUGGCGGCCUUCACCUGGAUGUUUCUGGAAGGGGUGCAGCUGUAUAUCAUGCUGGUGGAGGUUUUUGAGAGCGAGCAUUCACGGAGGAAGUACUUUUAUCUGGUGGGCUACGGGAUGCCUGCGCUCAUCGUGGCCGUGUCUGCAGCCGUGGACUACAGGAGCUACGGAACAGACAAAGUAUGUUGGCUUCGACUUGACACCUACUUCAUUUGGAGUUUUAUAGGACCCGCGACCUUGAUAAUUAUGCUGAAUGUAAUCUUCCUUGGGAUUGCUUUAUACAAAAUGUUUCAUCAUACUGCCAUACUGAAACCUGAAUCAGGCUGUCUUGAUAAUAUCAACUAUGAGGAUAACAGACCCUUCAUCAAGUCAUGGGUGAUAGGUGCAAUAGCUCUUCUCUGCCUGUUAGGAUUGACCUGGGCCUUUGGACUCAUGUAUAUUAAUGAAAGCACAGUCAUCAUGGCGUAUCUCUUCACCAUUUUCAAUUCUCUACAGGGAAUGUUUAUAUUCAUUUUCCACUGUGUCCUACAGAAGAAGGUACGGAAAGAGUAUGGGAAGUGCUUGCGCACGCAUUGCUGUAGUGGCAAAAGCACGGAGAGUUCGAUUGGCUCAGGGAAAACAUCUGGUUCUCGAACUCCAGGACGGUACUCCACAGGCUCCCAGAGCCGAAUUCGGAGAAUGUGGAAUGACACUGUCCGGAAGCAGUCAGAGUCGUCCUUCAUUACUGGAGACAUAAACAGCUCCGCAUCACUCAACAGAGGAGCCAUGGCUAAUCAUCUUAUAAGCAAUGCUCUGCUUCGUCCGCAUGGUACUAACAAUCCCUAUAAUACAUUGCUUGGGGAACCGGCGGUCUGUAACAACCCUUCUAUCAGCAUGUACAACGCACAAGAGCCCUACAGAGAGACAAAGGGGCUUCUGAACAAUGCCAGGGAUACAAGUGUCAUGGAUACUCUACCACUGAAUGGUAACCAUGGCAACAGUUACAGCAUUGCUGGCGGUGAAUACCUGAGCAACUGUGUGCAAAUUAUAGACCGUGGCUAUAACCACAACGAGACCGCCCUAGAGAAAAAGAUCCUAAAGGAACUCACUUCCAACUAUAUCCCUUCAUACCUGAACAACCACGAGCGCUCCAGUGAACAGAACAGGAAUAUGAUGAACAAGCUGGUGAACAACUUAGGCAGUGGGAGUGAAGACGACGCCAUCGUCCUGGACGACGCGGCGUCCUUCAACCACGAGGAGAGUCUGGGCCUGGAACUCAUUCACGAGGAAUCUGAUGCUCCCUUGCUGCCCCCGAGGGUGUACUCCACGGAGAACCACCAGCCACACCACUACAGCAGGAGGCGGCUCCCCCAGGACCACAGCGAGAGCUUCUUCCCUCUGCUAACGGACGAGCACACAGAAGACCUGCAGUCACCGCACAGGGACUCUCUGUACACCAGCAUGCCGGCCCUGGCCGGCGUGCCCGCUGCAGACAGCGUGACCACCAGCACCCAGACCGAAGCCGCAGUGGCCAAGGGUGGUGACGCCGAAGAUGUUUACUACAAAAGCAUGCCAAACCUGGGCUCCAGAAACCACGUGCACCCGCUGCACGCCUACUACCAGCUGGGCCGUGGCAGCAGCGACGGAUUCAUAGUUCCUCCCAACAAAGACGGGGCCUCUCCGGAGGGGACUUCCAAAGGACCCGCGCACUUGGUCACUAGUCUAUAGAAGAUGACACGGAGGUGGCAACCAACAGGACUGCGAACACCAAGUGGACCAUUCUGGGUCGACCUAAGCAGUGUGGUCAUCCUGUGUACUCCGACAUCUGAUGCUGUUUUCAAAAAAAUAAAAAGAGACUCUCUUGACAUUUUUUUUUUUUUUAACUUGAAUUUUUAGGUCGGCCCAGGGGAGAAAGCUAACGGCUGAGAUCCUCCUGUGCCCGGUUCUUUCCCGUCCUAUCCCCUCAGAUGGAGACUUCAUUAUGUUAAUGAACGAGAUAUGAAGAAAAUGGCGCUCAUUGUGGCCUUGUUGAAUUAUGUUGUGUUCGUUUUUAACAUCUGAUGCUCUGUUACUAGAAUCACAAGGACCUGUUGUUUCAGUUUUGUUUUGUUUUGUUUUGUUGUUUUUUUAAAAAAGGCCAGAACAAUUGUUUGAAAUUAGCAACGAUGCUGCAUCGAGAUUGGAGUGUGCCCAGCCGUGGAAGCGGAGCAGAACUGUGUCACAAAGCGGUUCACGGUCACUCACAACUUGAGUUCACCACAGCGGGAAUAGCUGUGGAAAGCAAAAACAAAAACAAAAAACAAAACAACAAAAAUCAAUAAUCUGACGGAGGGGAAUUCUAGAAUUAUAUGCUAGAUGCAUAUUUUAUGAUUUGCUAUAUUAACUGAUGAUAAAACUAAUGGCAGAAAAAAAAUUGAACAAUUUCUAUGUAAUGUACAGAUACUAGCAUUGCGCAUAUAGUCUGCUUUCUGUUCCUCCAGAAUUUGAGUCCUGUUAAUGUAGUGGCAAAGAAGAAAUUUUCUUUUGUGCUAGUCUUGCAAGUUUGUCUACCAGUAAAAGAGCAAAGUUUCCUUCCUUUCUUGUUUUCUUCCUUUUUUUUUUCUUUUGUCCCCUCUCCCCCCAACCUGUUUUUUUUUCCUUUUAAAAAUUCACCUGGCAAAAAAAAAUAAUAAAGAAAUGAAGCUAUCACUUUAUAAGAAUCAUUUUCUAGUAAUGCAAACAAAUUAUUUUUUACAAAAAAUAAAAUAAAAUAAAUAAAAUUAGACUUCCUUCCCUCACUAUAUAUCUUUAUCCAACCCGAAUACCUUGCAACCCCAGUUUGCAAAAUUAGAGCAGGACAAAUCUUAUGUUUCCAGGGCGCACAUCUGUUGUAAUGCAAAGCAUAUUCGGCAAGCAGUUCAUCACCAAGGCAGUAGCUAUGAUUCUAGAAGCUAAGAGGUGUCUAUAGAUCUAGAGGGGCUUCUGCAUGUGAAAAGCUGUAUUCCAUAGGCGUUACAGUGCUGAAUGCGCAGUCUGCCCCUGUGCGGGCGCCUGCACGACCAGUUGUUAGAGGAAAUUCACCCCCUCAUAGUAAGAGUUGAAAGGUCAAAUUAUUUUGAAAUGAUUUUUUUUAAAGUCUUCUGUUAACAGGAAAAUUUAUUUAUUUGACAGGAUUUUAAGUAAUGUAGGAAUACAAAUGGUAAAUUAGCAGCACAUAUAAUUUUUUUUUAAUUUAUGAUCCAUUUUGUAUGGUCUCAAGUUGGAUGACCUCAUUACUAAUAUUUGUUGUAAAAGUGAAACUUGUUUGCCAACCAAUAAACAACUGAUUGAGAUUUAGAA